CGUCCUCCAGUGCUGCUUUCCCCCACUGCUCCCCCCUUUCAACUUCAAAUGGGGGGUUCAAGCGUCCUCCGGUUAACGAGUCUCGAAAGGUCUAGUGAAUUCGUAUUGUCAGUGUAAUUUUUUACUAAAAUCAUCGUAAAUAGUCGAUGUGUACUAUAAUAAAUUAAUUAUUUCCGAGCAAUUUAAAUAUAGUAUACCGUUUAUCCAUAUUAUAGUGCAAAAAGUAAAAUAUUUUUGCAUAUCAUUUGCAAGAACGAAUCUGUACAAUUUUGGAAUUACUUCAUUGUCGUAGCGUUGUUACGACUCUUCUAUAUAUUUUUUAAAAAUUGUUAACUUUUAUCCUUUAAAUUAAAAAAGCAUUAUGCCUAAAAAAUUUGGAGGAAAUACUAAGGCAAUCGAAGCUCGUGAAAGAAAAGAAGCGGUAAAAAAUGCUGAAAAAGAAAAAAAGGAGAGAGAAGCUGAAGAAGCUAUGUGGCGAGAUGAUGAUAAGCAUGUUAUGCGAAAACAACAAAGAAAAGAAGAAAGAGAAAAGAAAAAACAAGAGCAACAGGAGAAAAAACUUCUUAGUAAAAUGGUAUAUGAAGAAGAAAUGAACUCCAUCAAACCUGUUAAAGCUGCACCAACUAAAGUAACGAGAGCUGAAAUUGCAAAAACUGUCGAAAAAUCUACAAAUGACAAACCAAAGAAGGAGCUAUUACAUGAUGAGAAACCUUUGGAAGAAAAUGUUAAUCGCUUGCAAGUUGAAGGAGAAGUAGCUCGAAGUGUAGAUGAUGCUAUUGCUAUUUUAAGCAUUAGUAAUGAAAAAGUCGAUCUUCAUCCUGAAAAAAGAGUGAAGGCUGCUUAUCAGGCAUUUGAAGAGAGAAACCUACCCAUACUGAAGGCUGAAAAUCCUAACUUGAGACUUUCACAAUUAAAACAAAUGCUGAAGAAGGACUGGAUGAAAUCUCCAGAAAAUCCUCUGAACCAGAGAUAAUUUAUGUAGAUAAUAAUUACAAAAUGUUCCCAUUUUCCUUUAAAGUAAUUUUAAGUAAUUGCUUUGAUUUGCAGGUGGAAGAGACAUUAAAUGUAUAUACAUAAAGUAUAA